AUGGUUGGAAUUCCAUGCUCUGGAAAGACUACGAGAGCGAAUAUUAUUGCCAAGUAUUUGCAAGAAAAUCUGAGCUUAGAAGUUAUUGUAAUUAACGAGGAACUACUUGGCCUAAAUAAGGUAGAAUACUAUAAGGAUUCAACUCAAGAGAAAAUUUUAAGAGGAUCACUUAGGUCGAAUGUCGAAAAGUAUCUUGAUUAAAAGAGAGUGGUUAUAUUAGACUCAAUGAACUAUAUUAAAGGAUUUAGAUACGAGCUAUAUUGCCUUGCUAGAAAUUCAAUAACAAACUUGAUGGUAGUAUUUUGUGACACUGACAGAGAAGUUGCUUAGAAAUUAUGUCAUGAAGGAGGUUAUGAGAAUCCAUUCCCAGCCGAGUAUUUCGAAGAUUAUGCUAAUAGAUUGGAAAGACCAAACUAAUCCAAUAGAUGGGACAAUCCAUUGUUUCAUCUAAGGUAUAAUGAAGAAACGCCAUUAGAAGAUAUUGCUAAGACAGUAUCAGAUGGGAAAAAGCCAAGAGACCCAAUAUCUACCAAGCCUGUAAAUUAAGCAUUAUAAAAAGUUAUAGGAACAUAUGUUUGCCACAAACUUUAUUUAUGA